CAUAUGUGGAACAUUAAGAAAGCUACUCAUUUGGGAAGAGUUAUCUCUCACUCGACCAGACGAUGUGCCUACAGCACACAAACAAAGCCUGCAAAUCGCAUUUGGCCUGCAGUAAUUUCUGCUGCAGCGGCUGGUGGUGUAGGCUACUGGGCUGCUUCUUCCUCCCCUUCUUCUUCUUCAAUAGCCCAGUCUACACAGCCAACCGCGUCUUUACCUGUAGCACGGCCUAAACCAACCAAGAAGAAGAUACAAGAAGCGUUCCAUGCUCUCCAGGCUGUUCUACCCCAUGAACAUGUCAGUGUUGAUGAAGAUAUUCUCCAGACUCAUGGCUAUUCAGACAACAGCUACCAUAAUGAAGGGGCUCCAAACAUUGUAGUUUUUCCUAGUUCUACUGAGGAUGUUGUUGCCAUCGUUAAGAUUGCUAACGAACUUGAUAUGCCUAUAAUUCCCUUUUCUGGAGGAACAUCUCUCGAAGGUCAUUUUACUGCACCCAUGGGAGGAAUAUGUAUUUCCUUCUCGGAGCAUAUGGAUAAUAUCGUUGCUUUCCAUCCCGAAGAUAUGGACAUUGUGGUCCAACCUGGUGUGUCUUGGGAGACGCUCAACAGUACCCUAAAAAAGAAUAAUUUGUUCUUCCCGUUGGAUCCCGGACCUGGUGCGUGUAUUGGUGGUAUGGUGGGAACAGCUUGUUCAGGAACCAAUGCUGUCCGUUGGGGUACUAUGAGAGAAUGGGUGCUGAAUCUAACGGUGGUAUUACCGGACGGAAAGGUUAUGAAGACUCGCCAAAGACCUCGCAAAUCCUCUGCCGGGUAUGACUUAACCCGUCUCUAUAUUGGUUCUGAAGGCACGCUUGGAGUUGUAACUGAGGCCACAUUAAAACUGGCUGUUAUUCCCGAAGAAAGCUCGGUUGCCGUGUGCGAUUUUCCCACAAUUCGUGACGCUGCCGCUGUCGUACCUGAUUUGGUUCGAGCUGGUGUUCAAAUAGGUGCUGUUGAGCUAUUAGAUGAUCUAAUGAUGAAAGCUGUUUGCCUUGCCAACCCUUCAUUGGGCCAUGCCGAAAAACCUACGCUCUUCUUCAAAUUUUCGGGAUCAAAGCCGCAGAUCGAACAUGAAAUCAAGGUUGUUUCUGAAAUCGUCAAAAAGCACAAAGGCGGGACUUUCAAGUAUGCAAAGACAGAAAAAGAGAAGGAAGAUUUGUGGGAGGGACGUAAGAUUUGUCUUUGGUCUGCAACUCUUUUGAAAGAAAAUGCAUCUGUUUGGACUACAGAUGUAGUUGUACCAGUUUCUCGAUUGCCAGAAUUGAUAGAUGAGACUAAAAAAGAUCUCUCGACUUCAUUCUUGCCAGCACCUGUAGUUGGACAUGUAGGAGAUGGAAACUUCCAUGUUUUUAUUCUCUUUGACAAAUCCAAGCCAGAAGAAUAUGAGGAGGCUAAACGGAUUAACAAAGCUCUUUUGGAGCGUGCUAUUCGUAUGGAGGGCUCUGUCACAGGUGAACAUGGUGUAGGAACAGGCAAAAAGGCUUAUUUGCGAAAAGAACUUGGUGAUAAUACAAUUGAUCUGAUGUGGACUGUUAAGAAUGCCAUUGAUCCGAAGGGUAUCAUGAAUCCAGGAAAAGUAUUGCCAGAAAACUAAUAUGAGUAGAUUGACAUACUCUUAUAAAAAUUAUGGAUUUAAAGCAAAAACAAAAAUAUUUAGUGUGCUUUAUAUGAAAAUAUAUAUAAAAAGUCAACUACCUUAAUGGCUAUAAAUUAAAAUGAAUAUAAAUAUAUCUUAUCCUUAGAAAGCUACGCCCAAGUUUACUAUCUUUUUUUGGUAUAAACUAUACUUAGUUGCACUAUUUUUAAAAAAAAUUGACUUUAUAGACAUUAAUCUACAUUCAAUAAAUUGUAUUAAUUGGUAUCC